AUGUUGGGAAUCGCCAAUGAUGAAGAAAGACCCACCCUGAGCCAGGAAGGUGGGCAGAGCUUCAGCCAGAGCUCAGAGCUGGUGGUCCAUGAGCAGCUUCAUGAUGGAGUGAAGCCCCACAAGUGCUUGGAGUGUGGGAAGAGCUUCAGGCAGAGCAGCACCCUGAUCCGUCACCAGAUGAUCCACACUGGGGAAUGGGCCUAUGAGUGUGGGGAAUGUGGGAAGGGCUUCAGCUGCAGCUCCCAGCUCAUCAACCAUCAACAAAUCCACACUGGUGAAAGGCUCUAUGAGUUUCCCGAGUAUCAGAAGAGGUUUCAGAGCAGCUCCCAUCUCCUCCGCCACCAGCGAAUUCACACAGAGGAGAGAGCCUUCCGCUGCCCUGAGUGCGGGAAGGGAUUCCAGAAAAAAUCCACCCUCAUCACCCACCGGCACAACCAUACUGGGGAGAGGCCCUGUGAGUGUCCCACCUGUGGGAAGAGGUUCCAGACCAGCCCAAAUCUCUGCCUGAAUGAGCGGAGUUACACUGGGGAGAGGCCCUUCCGCUGCCCCGACUGUGGGAAGGGCUUCAAGAAAAAAUCCACCUUUAUCAUCCACCGGCACAUCCAUACUGGGGAGAGGCCCUACGAGUGUGAGAAGUGUGGGAAGAAAUUUAGGUGGAGCUCCCACCUGAUCAGCCACCAGAUGAUCCACACUGGGGAAUGGCCCUACGAGUGUGGGGAGUGUGGGAAGGGCUUCAGCUACAGAUCCAACCUUGUGACCCACCAACGUCUCCAUACUGGAGAGAGGCCCUACGAGUGUCCCCAGUGUCAGAAGAGGUUUCAGAGCAGCUCAAAUCUCCUCCAGCACCACCGGAUUCACACCGAGGAGAGGCCCUUCCUCUGCCCUGAGUGCGGGAAGGGCUUCAAGCACAACUCCAACCUCAUCAAGCACCGGCGCAUCCAUACUGGGGAGAGGCCCUACCAGUGCGCCACAUGUGGGAAGAGGUUUCAGACAAGCUCCCAUCUCCUCCUGCAUGACCGGAUUCACACGGAUGAGAGGCCCUUCCACUGCCCCGACUGUGGGAAGGGUUUCAAGCACAACUCCACCCUCAUCACCCACCGACGCAUCCACACAGGGGAGAGGCCCUACGAGUGUCCCCAGUGUGAGAAAAGCUUCACCAGUAGCUCUCACUUGACCAGACACCAACGGAGCCACCAGUAAGGGAAGCCCUGCAAAUGCCAAAAAUGCAGGAACAGCUUCAUGCACCACUCCAGCUUCAUCCCCCA